AUGUCUGCGACAGACGCAAGGUAUUUCGGCCCAGGCGGCAAGCUUAGACCCUUCCGCCUCCUUAGGCAGGAUGUCACCAACCUGUGCCAACGAUACGCAUCAGACUGGACGGUAUUCAACCAGCAAAUCAUUGCCAGCGCAGUGUACAUCUUCUUCACUAACAUCCUCCCGGGAAUCACAUUCGCAAGCGACUUGUACGUGCUCACGGGUCAAUCAUGGGGCACUAUCGAGGUGGUGUUUAGCACCGGCCUAGUAGGAGUUAUAUUCGCCUUUUUCUCCGCGCAGCCUCUGACCAUCCUCGGUGUGACGGGCCCCUUUUCGGUGCUCGCAGAAAACGUCUACACAUUGUGCUCAAACAGCUUCCAUGUCAGUUUACAGACCAUAUACAUAGAUAUACAUGUUUCUCCCACCAACGACUCGCUAAACUGUCGCAAGGUCGACUUCCUCCCCGUAAUGGCAUGGUCCCUCAUCCACGCGGGCUGGAUGCUCUUCGCGCUCGCCAUCUUCAACGCGCACGACUGGACAAUGCAAUACGUGACACACUUCAGCGCCGACAUCUUCUCCCUCCUCAACAGCGUCAUCUACUUCCACAAAGCGGCCAUGGCCCUGAAGCGCACGCACGGCGCCGCAUCUCUCGCCGCAUUCCUAUAUGCCGUCAUCGGCGCCGCAGGAACCUGCCUCGUCGCCGUGCUGCUGUCGACCGCAAACUCGUGGAGCCUGUUCCACAAGUACGUCAGGAUCGGGCUCGCUGAAUACGCGGCCGCCAUCUCAAUUGUUUUGUGGAUCGGGAUUCCACACAUCGGCGAGCUGGCCCAUCUGGACCACGAGCGUCUCCCGGUCCAGACCUCUUUUCGGCCGUCGAGCCCCCAGCGGGCCGCAUUCUUCGUGGAGUUUUGGAAACUGCCCGUGGAAUGGGUGUUCCUGUCAGCCAUUCCCGGCGCCAUCAUAACAGUGCUCUUCUACUUUGACCACGAGAUCAGCAGCAUAAUAUGCACCGUCGAGAGGUACGGCGUGCGCAAGCCGGGCGGCUACGCGUGGGACAUUGUCCUGCUUGGGCUCACGACUGUUCUCUGCGGUGUUCUGGGCAUCCCGCCCGCAAACGGGCUGUUGCCGCAGGCCCCAUUACACACGGAAUCGUUGUUACACUACCUCGAUGAAGGGUCAGCUGAGGAACACGCCGGUGGGACAUGUGCCGAGGUUGUGCGACCGGUGGCGAGGACGCAUGAGCAACGGUACUCACAUCUUAUCCAGGCCGCCGCCAUUCUGGUGUUUGUCUCGCCUCCGCUCCAGGGACUGUUGGGUUUAACGCAGACUUCUGUGCUGGCAGGGCUUUUCAUGUUUAUGGGCUACCAGUCGCUCGCCGUGAAUCCCAUCCUCGACAGAAUCUUCCAACUACUCACUCCCAAAUCCGAACUGCCGAGUUUACCAGACGGCGUGACUUGGUCGGGGAUCCACAGCUUCACCGGUACACAGCUUAUCUUGACUGGCAUCGUAUUCGGCGUAACGCUCACUGUGGCCGCGCCUGCAUUCCCCCUGGUAAUCAUUGCCCUGGUACCACUGCGAUUGACGUUGAUGAAGCGCGCUUGGUCGGCAGAGACAUUGAGGUUCGUCGACGGCUGGGCAUGUCGACCGGGAAGACCAGAAGAUGAGUCGGAUGCAGGGCAGGUAAUCGUGGCCGAGGACGAGGGGAAAGGUCGAGACUCUUUUAUGAGAUCUGACAAUGUACAUGUCUAA